UUAAAAUCCCUUAGUCUAUCCCAUCUCUAAAAAACCAAAAACAAAACAAGAAAUGAAAAUACUGCAAAACUUACCUCGUUUUUAUUGAAUUAUUCAAAUAAAUGGAGCGAAAAAAUAUGGAAUACGAUGUCGGCAGGUUCAAGACCUUGUUUUCCAUAACAGAAGACGGCGAACGGCAGGAAGAGGAGGAUGCGGACAUGAUUUUGAGAUCAGAGAUCUAUGAUGAAGAAUUGGCCCUGGAACGGGAAGAACAAGAGUUUGAGGAGCGGAAUCUGGGAAACCAACAAGGCGGAUCCGCAGCAUCCUUCGCCUGCAGACACUGUCCAGAGGUAUUUUUCAGCAAGGAGGACUUAGCCGCCCACCGCACCAUCCACCGACUUAAAAAAAGUCAGUUGAAGAAAUCUACUGCAGAGUUGACUUGCGACACCUGCGGAAAAGUCUUCCAAAGACGUAACGCCCUCGUGGAUCACAUUAAUUCCCACAAAAGUGAACGGAACUAUCCAUGUCCGGAGUGUCCGGCUCGAUUUGUGCAGCGCAUCAAUAGGGAUUGCCAUCUAAGGAACACGCACAUGAAGGAGUAUCUGCACGCCUGUCCGGAAAUGGGAUGUAAAAGGCGUUUUCAGCAGAAACGCGAACGGGAUCAGCAUAUAAAAACGGUCCACCGCAAAGAGCGAAACUUUGUGUGCGAGACCUGCAAGGCAAGCUUCAGUCAUCCCGUAAAUUACAGGAAACACUUGGCCUCGCAUACUGCCGAAAAGAACUACGGUUGUCCGAUUUGUGGCAAGCUCUUUGGUCGAGCCGAAAACCGAGAUGUUCAUCUUUUUGUCCAUAGCAUUAGCAAGGCGUAUAUUUGCUCCGUUUGUGGAGCAGAUUAUAUGCGCCGCAAUCAGUUGAUUCGUCACAGUUCAGCAAGUGGCCAUUUAAACGAUCGAAUUGUAAGGCAAAAACCUCUGUUUAGUCCGGCCCUAGCUUUCAAGGAUCAUCUUCAGAUCCAAAAGGAUGCUAAUUUGGAGGAAGAUGGUGGGAUGGGGAGUUUCAAUGGCCAGAAGAGGAGGACCACGCUAGUCCAGAAGAACUGGCGGAUUCUAAGGACGAUAUGUCUAGAAUUUUGCACAGGACAGUGCCGAAAAUGAGAUAUUAAAGUAUGGUACAUAAUCAAGAAGGAGAAGAACUGGUCAGGUUAGUUCGUAACGAAUAUUAGCUUAUUUUAUUUUAUUUAAAGAAUAUGUGGUGCUCGAUAACUGCACAAAAUGCUACCAGUGCUGUGAAAAUAGUUUCUAAAUACACAACUAAUUAAUGAAUUAUGGAUAUGAAAAUUCAUAAGUUUGGUUUUCCUUGACCUUUAUGAAUUAAAAACAGAAACUCUCAAAACAAACAUGAAAAUGAAGUCUUUUUUUACUCUUAAAACCUUAGAGAAUAUAAAAUAAGUUAAUGAAAACUAAUAGAUUUAAGGCUUGUGCAGAAAAUGCCAGUAUUAUAGAAUCAAGCGUUUUAAGUUUGGUUCUUCUAUGGACUAUAAACUAUGAAUUAAGAACCAGAAACUCUCAAAGCAAAGACUUUAGUUUUCAAAAAUUAAAAAAAAAAAAUGGUUAAGAAAUAAAUUAAAUUUUUGCUUUCCCAAAAUUCUUACUUAUUUACAUCUUAAUUGACUAAUUUUUUGUACAGCUAAUACGAUAAAUAAAUGAUUGUGCAGAAAAUGCAAGAAAUAAAUGAUAUGAAAAAUGGCAACAGAUAAUACCGCAUGCAAAAAAUGAACCGGAGACGUGGGUCAAGAUAAAAAUGAAAACAAAAAAGCAAAUGAAAAGUGAAUGUCGCUGCUGUGUCUGGUUGCACUUCAAUAAAAAAAAAAUGUGAAAUGAAAUGUGAAGUCUCACCUGUUGAAAAUUAACAAAAAUCAGGCGUAAAACCCAUAAAUACGCAAAGCAAAAAGGGGGAAAAACAUAAAAGGGGAGGGGCUUAACAACUGGUUACAACAAUAUCGUCGAAAUGAAAUUAUUUAACACCUUUUUUAUGGCUCAUUUGGCUGGUAAUGUGUGACCAUAUUUAAGCCCACUCCCCUUUGGGCCCUGAUUUUCGGACAAAAGUUCGCACUCGAUGCGAAAACAUUUUAUAGAUCGAUCAUCGCUUAUGAUCAGUCAUUAAGCUGUCAUAAGUUGAUCUUUCUUCUCGCUCUCUCCUUUGUAAUAAUUGUCAACUUGUUUUAACCCUUUGUUAGACUGACACAAGUUGAUCUUUCUUCUCGCUCUCGCCAUUGUAACAACUGUCACAUUUUUUUAAACCCUUUGUUGAACUGACUCAUACGAAAAUUAUCUAAUAUUUUGUUGUUUUUGUUCGCCUUUCGAUUGUUGUGCCUGAAUGAACUUGUCGACACAGUUAAGCUUCCAAGAAAGAAAGAAGAAGAUCGCCCAGAGGGGCUUACGUAAAAGCCUUGACCCUGCCUAUAAAAUAUCUGGGGGAUUACCUCAGUCACAGCUUGUGUGCUUCUUUAAGUUUGUUUUAUAGUCUCAGCGUGGUAUUUGUUAUAAAGUAGAGUUAAAUAGAUCUCUGGCAGGGGUAUACAAUCUCUUCUCAAUAUUACAUUACAAUAAAUACAUAGGUCUGGUAAAUUAAAGAAUAACACAUUUAUAUAUUUAACUUUGUAAUAUAUUACAUUUCAGAUGUAAAUAGAUGGGUCUAAUUAAGAUCUUCUAAAUCUUUUUCGACCAAUGUUUUUAAGCAUUAUUUAUUGCAAGAUAUAGUUAAUUUAAAAAUAUAAAGUCCCCAAAGCCCAACCAAAAUGUACAACCCAAUUGCUUGAUUUUAACAGGUGUCUAAUGAUUAGGUUCGUUCCCUUAGCUUAGUUAUUUGUUUCGCUUUUUUAUAAUGAUGCAAUUUCGUGCCUAUUCAGAGAUUUAAAUAACUGCCGUAACAGCGGGCCAAGAAAUACAAUACAAUGAACUUGGAGUAGGUUUUGGAAAACCUACACUGACAAAAAAAAAAUGGAAUAGUACAAAUAAAUAUGUAGCUUGAUCACAAUUAAAUUACACAUAAAAGCUAUAGUAUUAAAUAAAAUGCACAUUAAAUUGCAUGAUUAAAAUUGAGUAGGAAAAUGC